AAUUGAUAAGACGAUAGGUUUAUUUAUAUAAAAACGCAUCUCCUCAAUGGAUAAAGUACACUAACAUUAGCGUUAGCAAAUAUGAAGGUUCUUCUAGUACUGGCAGCUGUUGUAGUAGCAGCUUUGGCUGAUGGUUACAUCCAGCCAGAGUUAUACCCAACGAUACCCAGGGAGUACUCAAACAGUUCCGACUUGAAAAUAGUUGCUGGUUCGAACGCCGUCAGAAACCAAUUCCCUUACCAAAUUUCCCUACGUGUUGUUUCUGGAACUAGCCUUUUCCACAUUUGUGGAGGAUCCAUUCUCAGUCAAAGAUGGGUCCUUUCGGCUGCUCACUGCACACAACGUGCCGCCAAUCAAUUCAGAGUAACCGCUGGUAUCUUGUUGCAAACCGACACUGGAAUUGCCAACCAACAAACCGUAGCUGUUUCUUAUUAUGUUAACCAUGCUUCGUACCCAGGAGGCAACGUUGUUGCUGCUAACGAUAUCUCCGUGAUCCGUCUGGCCUCACUCCUUACCUACGGAGUCAACGUACAACCCAUUGCACUUCCAGUUGCUGGGGCCGUUCCUAGCGGUACUGCCGUUGUUUCCGGAUGGGGAUCCCUUGGACCCCCAACCAACUCUGCCCCAAACAACCUUCAGUUUGUUAACGUUCCAAUCUUGGCUAAAGCUCAAUGUGCUAAUGUAAUUGCACAACUUUCUGGAAUCAUCAACCCCUUCAGAUCUGCCCUUAACGUGUGCACGACAACCCGUUCAGCUUCAAGCAUCGAAGCUGUCUGCAGUGGUGACAGCGGUGGCCCAUUGGUCGUCAACUCUCGUGUGGUCGGUGUUGUUUCCUGGGGAUACAGUCCAUGUGGAAACGCUGGAUUCCCAUCCGUUUAUGUCGACACAGCUGCUUACAUCGCCUGGAUCCAACAAAAUACUAACAAUCUCUCCAAUAAUUAAUGAUGUUAACUAUGUACAUUUAUUUCGUUUUAUGUAAAUAAUAAAAUGAAGCAUAUUAAAAA